UUCUCCCGUCUCUCUCUCUCUUCAAUUUCCUUUCUGCCUUCUCUCUUUUUCUGCUCUCUCCAUGUGGCUCUAAACUAGUCUUCCGUCACUACUAUUUCCUAGCUGCUUCCUCUCUCGUUUUUCUCUCUUCCACAGCAUUAUUCCCCCAUCUCUUCCUUCUUUUCAUGUGAUCAACUCUCUGGGUAAGAGAUGGUUGCAGAAUCUUGGUUUCGUAAUCUGUGGAAGAUUCCACAGAAGCAUGAACCUGGUCCUCAGAAGCAAGUUGUUGGAGUUUUGGCUUUUGAAGUUACAAGCUUGAUGUCUAAGCUAGUUCAUCUUUGGCAUUCAUUGAGUGAUAAACAGGUUGCUAGGUUGAGAGAAGAGAUCGAGAGUUCUGAGGGUAUAAAAAAGCUUAUUUCUGAGGAUGAGGAUUUCAUUGGUCGUCUGAUUUGUUUGGAGAUGAUGGAAAGUAUGGUACAUGUUGCAAAGCCUGUGGCCAGAAUAGGGAAUAAAUGCAGUGAUCCUAGCUUGAAGGGCUUUGAGCAUCUUUUUGAUGAAAUGAUCAAGAUUCAUGCUGACCCAUAUGGGUGGGGAUUUUCAUGGAAAAAGAUGGAUAAGAAAGUUAAGAAGAUGGAGCGGUUUAUUUCGGUUAAUUCUACUCUGUACCAAGAGAUGGAAAUGCUUUCUGAUCUCGAACAGACUGUGAGGAGAAUGAAGGGUAGCAAUCCCGAGCCAAAUAAUUUACUUGACUAUCAGAAGAAACUUGUAUGGAAGCAGCAUGAAGUGAGGAAUCUGAAGGAGAUCUCACUCUGGAAUAAGACUUAUGAUUAUACAGUUCGCCUUUUAGUAAGAUCAUUAUUCACUAUAUAUAGAAGAAUCAGCCAUGUGUUCGGGAUUAAUUCAACUGUUCACCCUGGGGAAUCAAAAGCUCUGGAUUCUGAUUAUUUUUAUCGUAGCCAGUCAGUUUCUGCUUUGCUGCAGUCUUCAGUUCAUCCAUCUGAGAAAAGUACUCUUCCUAGAUUUUCUUCUGGCCCCCUUGGUAAGUUCACUGCAAAUUCUGGCCCAAUUUUGAAAUCCAGCAAAAAUAAUUUCUAUUCAGGUCCUCUUGGCGGCUCAAUCGCGAAGUCAGGCCCUAUUUCUGGAAAAAACAGGAACUUCAACUUCUUUUCUGGUCCACUUGGGGGACCAACUACAAAGUCGGGUCCAAUUUCUGGAAUAACUAAAACUGGCAAGAAGUCUUGGUGGACUCCUCAAUCACCUGCCUUUCUGGGAAGGAAACCACCUUCAAAACCAAAUCGGUUGACUCAAGUGGGGCCUUUUAAGGGAUGCAUGGUAGCUUCAAACACUUCUCCUGUUGCCAAUUGCUACUUAAGUUCUGCUGAUGUUCAUUCUAGGAACCUCAAGGGAGCCAAGGAAAGUGAUGCUGACCAUCUUCCUCUGGGAAACGUAAGUCGUACUGGUCCAUCAAUCUUCAGUUCACAGCAUAAGUUGUUGCAAGCUCUUCCAGAAACCCUUGGUGCUGCUGCUUUAGCAUUGCACUAUGCAAAUGUUAUUGUUGUAAUUGAGAAGCUAGCUGCGUCUCCUCACUUGAUUGGCCAUGAUGCUAGAGAUGACUUGUACAAUAUGUUACCUGCAAGGGUGAGAGCUGCUCUGAGGGAAAGGCUAAAGCCAUACUCCAAGAGCUUGGACUCACCAGUAUAUGAUACUGUGCUUGCAGGAGAGUGGACCGAUGCAAUGACAUCAAUAUUAGAAUGGUUGGCUCCACUUGCUCAUAAUAUGAUUAGAUGGCAGUCGGAGCGAAGUUAUGAGCAACAAACGUUUGUCUCUAGGACAAAUGUGCUUCUGGUACAGACUCUUUACUUUGCCAAUCAAGAAAAGACAGAAUCUGCAAUAACUGAGCUGCUGGUUGGUCUGAAUUACAUUUGGAGGUUUGGGCGAGAACUCAAUACGAAGGCCUUGCAGGAGUGUGCUAGCAGCAGGGUGUUUGAUGAAUACUUGGAGGUAGAGAAGUAACACUUUCUUCCACGCUGUGGCAAUCAUCAGCACAAUCCAGUUACCUCACGUUAGACUGGAUUUGAUGUGGGCGAAGAUUCUGGUAGGUCCAGAGGCAUUUUAGGGUUACAAAAUGAACGUCAUUCAUUGUCUUUCUGCUGGGGACAUGGACACCAUGCGUGAUGGGUAGUUUGAGAUUCAAUAUACUAGUUAUAUUUUUUCUUCUGUGAAUGGAGGUCUUCCUCCUAUCGCCAAUGAAAAAGUUGUCUUCUAUUCUCUUACUCAUAGAGCUAGUUCAGCUUUAUUAAUCAAGCUGCUAUCGAAUGAUUUGUAAUUUCUGUACACUUGUCAGCAAUACCUACCUAUGUUAAUUGUAAAUUUACAACGUAAGGUUUUGGAUCUUUGAUAGAUAGAUGGUUGAGCAUA